CAGCCUUCCUCAGGGAGUACUUCGCGGAGUAGGAUCUCUCUCUUCUCAGGAAUGAUGAAAUUCUGACUUUGUGGACCAGGUGAUAUGUAACUGAGCGGGAUGGAUCAAGAAAGCACUAAGGAGACGGCUGUUACCAUCAGGGGCGCCUACAAGCGCUACGGGCCCACCAAUGUCGUCCUCAACGGCCUCAACAUGAGUCUUCCGGAGGGAACCAUCUAUGGUUUACUGGGACCAAGUGGUUGCGGAAAGACAACAUUACUCAACUGCAUUGUUGGAAGGGUUGAAAUUGACGCAGGGACAAUAUCAACCAAAGCUAAAUACAAAGCAGAUAUCGGUUAUAUGCCACAAGACAUUGCUCUCUAUACAGUAUUAAGCAUCGAAGAAACAUUUUUGUAUUAUGGCCGGCUCUUUGGAAUGACGUAUUCACAAAUAGAGAACAGGACGGAAGAACUAGUCAAACUGCUGGAUCUACCUUCUGAGAAAACACUAGUCGAAAAACUCAGCGGUGGACAGCAAAGGAGAGUAUCAUUUGCAGUAGCGUUGAUCCAUGACCCACAACUUCUCAUAUUGGAUGAACCUACGGUUGGAUUAGAUCCAUUGCUCAGCCAAAGUAUAUGGGAACAUUUACUGAAACUAGCUGCUGUAGGGAAGAAAACAAUAAUCAUAACAACGCAUUAUAUCGAAGAGGCAAGGCAAGCCCAUGUUGUUGGAUUAAUGAGAGGUGGUGUUUUACUCUGCGAAGAAGAACCACAACAAUUAAUGACCUCUCACAACUGUGAUAAUUUGGAACAAGCUUUCUUACAGCUCAGCCACAAGCAGCAUAAUGCUUAUAAUGAAGAAGAAGAAAAUGUGGUGACAAAUUACCCAGAAGACACGACAGAAAAGCCAAAACCACAUUUGAAAGGUGAAGGAUGGUUUUUGUGGUCAAGAUUCAUGGCGCAACUUAUAAAGAAUUGGUUUUUCAUGUGGAGAAAUAAAGCAAUGAUGGUAUUUUUAUUGGGCUUACCGUUAGUUCAGUGUACAUUCUAUAAUUUGGCGAUCGGACACGAUCCAGAAGGUUUGAAAAUAGCCAUUGUUGACGACGAGUUACCAAAUGGUCUGCAAGAAUGUAGCAUGUUUCCAUCAGGAGGCUGCAACUUGGAUUAUCCACUCAGCUGUAGAUAUAUUGAUAAGCUUCGGAACAGGACAUUGGAUUUGGUUGAAUACGAAGGCCUCAGUGCUGGGAAGCUAGCUGUGAGUAAACAUAAGACAUGGGCUCUUGUAUAUUUCUCCCCAAACUAUAGUAGUGCUCUGACGGAAAGAAUAAAUUUGACAACAGAGUACACCGAAGUUAGCAACUUGUCGAUUGAGCUCAGCCAAUUAAAUGUUUGGAUGGACAUGUCAAAUCAAUACAUCGGCAAUAUGUUGAAGGAGGACAUCAUUAGUGGAUUUGUCGACUUCUUGGAAGAUCUCUUCAGAGACUGCGGUUGGCCUCCUCAAGUUGCCAACAUUCCUGUUAGAAUUGAAGAUCCAGUCUAUGGCUCCAGGAAUCCUAGUUUUAUUCACUUUGCAUCUCCAGCAGUUAUUGUUGUUUUCAUGUUUUACUUGCCACUAAUGUUUACUGUUGGUGUUCUUCUGUACGAGAAAAUGGCUGGAAUAUUGGAAAGAUGUAUGGUUGCAGGAAUUACAGCUCUUGAAGUUGUAAUGGCACAUUCUGUGAUUCAGUUCGUCGUGUUAUGUUUACAAGGAGUAAUAAUGAUGAUUAUAAUGUACCAAGUAUUUGAUAGCCCCUUCGUUGGUAAUUUCUUCUGGACAUCAAAUUUACUGAUAUUGCAGGGAUUGAGUGGAAUGUGUUUUGGAUUCCUUAUUUCUGUUGUAUCAGAUACAAUGAACACAGCAUCUUUUAUGGGAAUUGGCAGCUUUUUCCCACUAUGUUCUAUGAGUGGUAUGUUAUGGCCACAAGAAGGAAUGCACACUCUUUUGAAAUCAAUUGGUUGGUUACUUCCGACAUCAUUACCGACAGAAGCUAUGCGAGCGUUAACAGCCCGUGGUUGGGGAAUCGAACAUCCUACGGUAUACAAAGGUUUCAUUUCAUCGUCGAUGUGGAUACUCUUCUUCUGCCUCAUGACUAGACUUGUAAUUAAAGCUAGAAAAGGGCUAAGAGCAAAAUAAGACUAUUGGUGGACAAAUGUAUUAUUUAAAAAAACUAUAAAAUAUCAUUUUUACAUUCCUAAACAAAAUAACUUGUUUAAUGUGAAAAUGUUUCGUUUUCUUGUAUAUAUCCGAUUUUUAUUUAGUUAAGAUAAAAUAUUUUAUUUGUGACUUUUGUUCAACAGUAAAUGUACUUAUAAAAAUCAUCUUAACUCACAAUGGAAAAUACUAUUUUUAUACUUAAUAGAAUUUUUUUUAUUUCUUUACAGUUCCUUCAAUUGUAUAGCUCGUUCUAAUUUUGAAUGACAAUUUAGAUUUACAAAAUAAUUGCUCAUGAUUAAUUAAGUACAUUUCCAUAACUUGGAAAAUAAAAUCCAGGAGGAAGUAUUUUUCUUACAAAGAGAUAAUAGUUUUUAUUUUAGGAUUCUGAUAGAAAUAAGAUGUUUGUUGAAUCUGAAGGAAUUUCCAUAUAAACUCUAUCCAUAAAUGAUCUCUUACAUUUAAUGUUUUGAUAGAUAUUUUAUGAUGGCAUCUUCAAAUGAUUGAAUUUUUAGAUCUAAUGAACAAAAAUCAUUGGAACAAUAUUACUUUGAUAAUAAAAGUUAUGCUUGGAUCAAUUAUGUUAUAAAAUUUAACAAAAUUCCAUUUUAUAUUUUAAUAAUAGGAUAAUAAAAUGAUUUGGUUAAGAUUAUAGAACUACAAUAUUCUUGAAAAAUAUUCAUGAUGAUUAUUAACAAAUUAGAAAACCUCUCAAGUUGAUUGUUAAACAAUAAUAAUCUAGUGGAAUAAUAAUAUAUUUCAAUAACUAAAAGUUCAAUUAUAAUCAUUUUAGGCUGUGAAAAUAAAUGUAUAAAUCCUUUCCAAACCAAGCUUCUAAAAGCACUAGGUUAAAGUUUGUUUGAAGAAUACUGAAAUAUGGUUUAUAAAAAAUUAAUUAAUUAUCUGUCAAAUGUGACUAAUACUUCCUUCAAAUAUUAACUACUAUAAAAAAAAAAAAAAAAAGAUUGGAUUCCCUUUGUAAAUAUAGCAUGAUAACUGUCACUUGAUUCUGUGAUUUAUUGGGAAAUAUUUUUGUGAUUUAUAUUAAUGUAUAAACAUAUGGAUAGAUAUUAUGCAGGAUCAUUGUAUGUAUGUAUGUUAUUACACAAUUUAUAAUGUAUGUAUAAUGUGUUAUUUUUUUAAUAUGUAGAAUUAAUUGUCAAAUAUUUGUAAAUAAAAAACUAAAAUGAAUAUAA